ACCUCGACCUCGAACAGUUUUAGAUUCUCGGACUCGACCCUUGACCUCCAACACGUGUCACUGACUCCUCGCUUCUUUUCUUCUCUUAAGGUGGCAGUCCGUCGUGUUCUGUUGUUUUAUUUUCAUAUCGUCACAGUCAAUGUGUUUUUGUCAGACUCUUCCAGUACAUAUCCUCACCCCCUGCCUGUCGUUGUCUUCCAGCGUGCAGACCGCCUCUUUUCGAGGUCUUCCACGGCUCUCCGGCCUCGUUCCAGGGAGAUAAAGACGGGGGAGGAACUAACGGCCAAGCUGCUGCGAUUGGACGACCUGGUGAGGAUGGAGAACGACGUCAUGGAGCCGAAGAGGAAAAGGAGCUUCCCCGGAAACAACGCCCCGCUGGACCGCCUGUCCAUCAGCUCCAUGGAGACCAAACAGACGACCAACAAACAAAGCAAGGUAGUUGAGUUGCCACGACGACGAGCCAAUCCGCCUCCCAUCGACAGGAUCGGGAUGAGCCGUCUACCGAACAGUCGAGGAUAGGCCACGCCCCCUCGCUCUGACAGCUUGCCCUCUUUCUAUAGCGCCCUCCUCUGGACAGAGGAAUCACAACAGAUGCAUGAAACACAGCCAAUCACCAGCCGCCUGCUGAGCCACACCCACCACCUGCCAAUCAUCCACCUCCAACCCCCCCAACCCACACACACAGCACACCCCCCCACACAGCGAUGAAUGUUUACUGAUGGUGCAUUCAGGUGCUGCGUGGUAAACUCACCGCACCUACGAGAGAAUCAAGGACCAAAGCGACGACUUUUGUGUUUGUGAGAAUCGUCUGAUCUGAUCGAAUGUUUUAGCAGAAAGUCUUAACGAGUGAACGUAAAAAAAGCUGCCUCGAGGUUCUGUGACCGUCGUCAAAGAAAAACUUCUACUCUUAAACAUUUUGGCAUUAAAUGUUUUUAAAGUAAGAAUGUGCAACUUUUUGAUCCAGUAGAUGUCGCCCUUGAGCACCAGCAUGAAACCAAAACAAACUGCUGUUAGGCCACGCCUCCUCCAUCCUGAAGCCUCCGCUCUCCUCCAGAGACACACCUCCAACCCCCCUCUACACGCAAGUUCACAUGAAGGAGUUAUUAAUUAGAACGCACCAAAAUGAAGCAUCAUUAAGCACAAGCAGUGGACAAAAGUGUCCUGCAUCGCUGUGUUAGCAUGCUAAUGUUAGCACUCUUUAGUUAGCUCAUAGCUUCACAUUGUUGUGUUAGCAUGCUAAUGUUAGCGCUCUUUAGUUAGCUCGUAGCUUCACAUUUCAUGUAAACUGACACAGAAUGAGCGUGAUCUAAAAACUCUUACUAACAUCCAAAUAAUCAGUGAGUAUGUUCUUCUUCUUCUCUCUAGUUCUUGACUAAAACAGCUUUUAUACACAAGGGGAGGAGCCGGCCGUCCCGUCCAUGUAAACACGGCUCUGACAACAACACAGCCAGCGGGACUCGAGCUUCUCCCUCAUUGUAGACAGUCAUGACUCAGAGACACAUUUACACAGGAGAGACUUUAUGAUUUAUUUAUGUGGAACAUGUUGAACAUUCUUCCUUUAAACUCAACAGGAAGCUCAAAACAACAUCAUCAUAUCUCUGUCCUUAAUCAAAGGGUUAAAUUAAAUGUUGUUUUUUUAAUUGGCUCGUUUUGAAAUUUAAAUUCCUAAAUUAUAAAUCAGGUUUAAAUCGAGAAGUUAUCCUCUAACUGAUUUCUAACAGACAGAGCUCCUCAUGUAAGAGCUGACUUUGAACAUUUUAAUUUCCUUGUAGGAGAUAUUUCAUAAAUCUUCACAUCGGUCAGAUUUGACCCGCUGACGAGGAUUAGUUUCAUAAUUUACGAUUAAACUUUCCCAAAGUUUAUCAGUGACCACCUGAAUGCAUCAUCCCCCCCCCCCCCCCCCCCGUCACUCGACUCGACUGGAGGCGCCUUUCGCCUCGACGUGAAACUGAACCGACACGACUUGACUUGAGUUUCUCCCUCCUAGCUCUCUUAGUGUUUUUAUUUGUUUUUUUUGUGAGCAGAGCUGCAGCAGGACGACACGCUGAGAGAACCGAGCCGCAGACGUGUGAACGAGGACAUUUACACUAAAACACGACAAAGUCAUCGUCACUUUAAAGGUCACAUAUUUAAAAUCCUCUUCUCCACGUUCCUCUAACUCUAACAUGUGUCUCUAGUCCGUCUACAAACCCCCCAAUGAUGAGAAAAGUCCAUCCUCUCCGUCUUCUGCCUGCUCCACUUUUCACAAAAUGUGUGCUCAAACAGGCCGUUUGGAGAUUUUCCCUUCAUGACAUCACAAAGGGCAGUAGCCCCUCCCCCAGGUGGGUGACACUCCCACAGCUAGGUGUUUGUUCUGCCCUCUGAGUCUGCCUUCUCACCGUAAACAAUAGGACAUGGAGCGAGAAAGACCGAGUACACCCAAGCCCUUCCAGAGAGGGGGCGUGGUCAGACACCGCUCAUUUACAUAUUUAAAGGUACAGGCACAGAAACAGCCUGUUCUGAGCAGGGCUGAAAUAGAGGGGUUUAUAGACAUGAUCAAAUACAGGAUCAGAGUGGAUUUAGAACAAGAAACUUCACACACAUGUUGAAGAGGAGCUCUGAGACUUAUUUACACUGAAGAAGAGGAGGAGGAUAUGUCACCUUUAAACUGAUGAUGAGUUUGAGCACCAUCUAGUGGCCAUUAGAUGUGUUGCAGGAUGAACCUGAUGUUGCAGUCGCUGCACUCUGCGGUGGUUUAGAUGUAACAUCUGUCUCUGAAAACAUUUUAAUCUGAACGUUAUCACACAGAAGCAGCUGCACGGGAGGAAACAGUUGAUGUUAUUGGUCGUCUGAUAUGAGUGGAGUCGUCCGGCCUUUAAAGACAGAAACAUGUUGUGUUGGUUUUCCUGCCUCUGAGAUCAGCUGCUUCACGCUCACACUGCGAGCGCUGCAUCAGCACAACGUCUCUGUAUGACAGGAAGAGUAAACGUGAUUUAAAGGCCGGCUGUGGAUGAGCAGCGGUGAACUGAAGGCUGCUGCAGUGGAGACUUAAUCAGUGAGGUCACAAAUGAAACACGUCCUCGUGCCUGUCCGCGUCCUGCCUGUUAGCGCCUCUGUUUUUGUUUUUUUUAACGCUUCUUACUGCCUCAAGUUUAAUUAUGCAAAAUAAAGAGUUCAUUAUCAAAA